ACCCAGCUGCUGACAUCACAAUGGGGGUGGGAGCACCUUUCUAUAAAACCCCCCCGGGGGCGGAGAGGAGCUGAUACUGUGGCUGGCUCAGCACUGCUGCAGAUCUACCUUGACAACUCCACUGUACAAAGAUGGCUUCUACUGGACUCCAGGUCCUUGGCAUGGCGAUGUCCAUCAUUGGCUGGGUGGGAUGUAUAAUCUCCUGCGCCCUGCCCAUGUGGAGGGUGACUGCCUUCAUUGGGAACAACAUAGUCGUGGCCCAGAUUAUAUGGGAAGGCCUGUGGAUGAAUUGCAUUGUGCAGAGUACCGGACAGAUGCAGUGCAAGGUCUAUGACUCCAUGUUAGCUCUUCCUCAGGACUUGCAGGCUGCCCGUGCUCUUACUGUCAUCUGUAUCCUGGUAGCCCUGCUAGCCAUUCUUAUUGGUAUUGUGGGAGCCAAGUGCACCAACUGCAUAGAAGAUGAGAACACCAAGGCCAAGGUCAGCAUGAUAUCCGGCAUUGUAUUUGUGGUGUCUGGUAUCCUCAUGCUCAUCCCAGUCUGCUGGUCUGCAAACAGCAUCAUCCGUGACUUCUACAAUCCCCUGGUGGUGGAGGCUCAGAAGAGAGAACUGGGGGCUGCCUUGUACAUUGGAUGGGCUGCCGCUGCCUUAUUACUCCUAGGUGGAGGCCUUCUGUGCUGCUCUUGCCCCAAGAAGAACGACGCUCCCUACUCGGCCAGAUACACUGCCCCUACAUCCGCACCACGAAGUGACUACCCCAGCAAGAACUAUGUCUGAGGGCAUUACUGGCUGGCUUGGACAAUUCUAUUCACUCUUUAUAUACAGUAUGGGACAUAUUUAUCCGUUCCUUCAUCAGAUGUGCCUGGACUGAAUGUAUUGUGUGUUGGGAGGGGGGAGUUUGUGGAGACUGUCUGGUUUUUAGACUUCACACAUUUUUAUAUAAUUUUUUUAACUUUUAAAUAAAAAUUUCUUUCUCCUUGG